AUGGUAGCUAAGCAGGCGCGAGCACAAAAGGCAACGUAUUAUGACCAGAAUCUGCGGCAGAUUCCCCUAGGGCAGUGCUUCGAUGCGGCGAUUGCGGAUGGCACGAAUACGGUUUUUGUGAUAUUCGGCGACGAUCUGGCUCAGACGUAUGGCCUCUAUGGCUACCCGGCCAUGUAG